GUUGCCCCCAUUCCUACUCUGGCCCCGCCCCCUCUUACCUUUGACCCCGCCCUCCCGCUGUUCCUGCGACAAGAUGGCGGACUGGGUGGAUUCGCUUUUUGACUCCCGCUCCUUCCCGUGCUGUGGCCUCCAGGAGUUCAGUCUCCUUCCUGGCCAUAGCAAGAUAACAGAGAGAGUGAAAAAGCGACUCUAUUAUGGUCGAGACAUAGACUACAAACUGGAUGCUCUGUCCUGCCCUGUCACUGAUAUUGCAGUCGAGCUCCUUCAGAAAUCAGCGCCAAGCCCAAUCAGAAAACUCCGGAAGAAAUAUGCAGCUCAUGUGGCAAGAGAGGCCUGUAUCUCACCUUGUGCAAUGAUGCUUGCUCUCGUCUACAUUGAACGACUUCGACAUCGAAACCCUGAAUACCUGCAGCAGAUCUCUUCAUCUGACCUCUUCCUAAUAUCCAUGAUGGUGGCCAGCAAGUACCUGUACGAUGAGGGAGAGGAGGAGGAAGUGUUUAACGAUGAGUGGGGAGCUGCUGGCAAGUUGGACGUUCAAGUGGUCAACACUCUGGAAAUGAACUUUCUGCAAGCUAUUGAUUGGAACCUGUACGUUAAUACCCAGGAAUUCUUUGAGCUUUUGAGUCGACUGGAGGGAAGAGUGGCUGAGUCGCAGGGAUUAAAGAGAGGCUGGUUCACCUACACGGACUUGUGUGUGUUACUGGAGCAGGCGCUGUGGCAACAGGUGUUUACGGAAUUCUACCAGCAUGUUGUCAAGGUCACCUGCAUGUUGGGGCUAGUGUACCUAACCAGUGUGGCAGGAAUAAUCGCCGGUUCUGCUGUCGCUCGGCAAGUUAUGUGCUCAAAGGGCCAGGUGGACAUGAUCCCGAACACUGAGAAAUCUGUUUUGAAUCAAGGGUUUAUCCUGGAGCCAAUGAAAUGCUCACACAAGGUUGAAUCUUUCCCGUCAUUUAAUUCAGUGGCCAUUGAUGUAGCUAGAACUCAAGGUUAUCCCUCAAGUCUCCGUUGCUGCUCGUUGGAAAAUGACUCGAGCAGGAGAGGUUCGGGAUUUGCGAUGACAGCUCUGUGCAUCUGGGGGACGGUGCUGACCUCCCUCACAUACGUGACUGACCAGCAGAACCUGGAGAAGGAGCCUGGAAUCCCACCACCUAUUUCCUGCUCCAACUGCUGCAAACUGCAAAGUGAAACCAGACUGGCUGUCCAAUGUGGGGCAUCUAAUCUCACAUCCAUUACAAUUGCCUUCCGCAAUAACCCAUCAGAGGUGUUCGCCACCUUUGAUUCCUGCAGUGUGUUCUCCCCGGGGUGUAGAAGCUGCACAAAGGACAGGGUCAUAAAGCAGCCUCCUUCAGCUCUCAGCUUUGAGCGACUAAUGGACCUUCUGUGUCUCCCUGGCUCUCUGAGGAUGAGAAGGUGUCCAAUGGAAACUGCAACAGCAUUCAACCAGCUCCUGAUACCUGUUUUACCCAGUUAGAUGUUCAGUCCUCUUUCCAGUGGGCUUUGCAAUCAGUUGUUGAAGUUUUAACGGACUUUUUACCCCAAUUCCAUUUGGAAACAUUCAACUAAUCUUAAGAUCCAGCAAUGUGACCAGCAACAAAGGUUAUUGGAAGUCACAGCACUCUUUGGAUCAACCAGAAACGGUUGGCCAAACUGGCAGCUGUUCUUAACCUACCAGCACUGAUAUGUGUGCGUGCUAGCAAACUUGUUAUUGCAUCUUCAGGAUACAAGACUUACUAAAUCCCUGUUAGUGAUCAUCAGCAAUAAAUUUGAUACAUUUAAAGUCACUUUCAUUUUAAUUGGUCCUCGUGCAGAGAGUAUUUGUCUCAAAGCUCUUCCUCUGAACAGUAAAUCACUUUGAGGUGUUGUGACUUACUCUGGCUGCAGUUUUGUUGCAGCAAGUUACACAAAGAACUGCAGAAUGAAAGAUCUCAAGCUUGCUGCUGUCAGAUGAAGGAAGAUCCCACCAGAGAACUGCUUGAACGAUGCUAUGGAGUUUAUUUUAAUGCCAGCCUUAACUAGAGCAAGAAACUGUUUGACAUCUUGUCUGAAUUUCUAGUCAUGCAUCACUCCUUGUUCGCUGUACCACAACAUAAGUACUAACGUUCUUUUAGUAGCCCCUGUUACAACUUUGUUUUACCAAGCAAAGGAGAAUAUAACCAACACUAAAGGCUUGUGGUUUACUUUUAAGUCGCAAUGACAUUUACAGGAUUUCUAAGAUCUGCGUCCUUUAUUACAGUUUUUAUUUGAAAGGGUUUGAUGAAAUUGUCAAGGAAUUGGACGUGGAAUCCAAAAGGUUCACAUUUCCGUUCAGUGAUGCUGGAAAACCUGAUAGAAGAGAUUCUGCAGAUGCUGGAAAUCCAAAGUAAUACAUACAAAAUGCUGGAGGAACUUGGGCAGCAUCAGUGGAGGGGAAUGAACUGCUGACAUCAGGAUGCAUAAAGUGAUGUAAUUUGUGCAUCUUUGUGAGCAUGCACAAAACUAAAUUUACUAACAACCAUCUUAUGUGCAGAUUAUAUUAGGUGUUGUGUUUACUAUGCAGUUACAGUUUGGCUUUGGGGACUCUUGUUUUUGACUUUAAUGUUUUAUUUUUACAGUGUGAAUUUUUUACAUGGGAGACUUCAGUUUUUUCUCCUAUAACCGUAUAGAGAGAUUGUAAGAUAGGAGGCGCUAAAAAUCAAUUUUACUUUCACAUGGAGGAAAGCAGAAAAAAGUGCUUCAGUGCAAAUGUGUCAGUGGUGAAUUUGGUUACAAAGCAAUUGCUAUGCAGUUGGUUUCAGUUAGCUAAAGCAAGUUGUUAAAUGAUGAGUACCCGAAUUAUGGGGCUAUGUGAUAAGCAAAAGCUAAAAUGGGAUUUGUAUUUAUCAUUUGUAUGUUUUGUAUACGUAGCCUUCUACAGAGAGAUUUCUCCUGUGCAUUUAAUAACGUCCUUACAAAUCAUUAAUAUGGCAGACUCUCACACACCUUGGUGCUUGCUAGGUGCUCAUCUUGAAUGUGCAGGUCUGUUCCAGGUGCUUAGAAAGUUGUCAGCGGUCUGAUAUAUCACCAGGAUCUCAUGUUGGGCACCCUUUUAUACUGAUUUUGUAGUCUGUGGCAAUAAAGUGUCCAAAACUUAGCUGCAAAGAUUGUCCAUCAGUUACUCCCAAAAGAAUUUUUAAAAUAAUGAUCAAAAUAUUUGUUUUAACAUGCUGUCAAAAUGGAAAUAAAUGGUUCUUUCUUUUUCAUUCUACAAAAGAGCAAUUGCGUUUACGUGUAACACACACAAAAAUGCUGGAGGAACUCAGCAGGUCAGGCAGCAUCUAUGGAGAGAAAUGUACAUUCAACACUUUGGGCUGAGGCCCUUCAUCAGGACCUUCACCCUCACCUGGUUUCACCAAUCACCUGCCAGUUUGUACCUUCUCCUCCCCCACCCCACACCGCCACACCUUAUUCUAGCUUCUGCAGAAUCUGAUGAAGGGUCUCAGCCUGAAACAUCAAAUGCUUAUUUCCCUCCGUAGAUACUGCCUGACCUGCUGCGUUCCUCCAGUGGUGUGUGUGUGUAACUCAAGGUUUCCAGCAUCUGCAGAAUUUCUUGUGUCUAUCAAUUGCAUUUGCAUUGCCCUUGAAUUUAUUAAACUGAUCUUUUGCUUUGAAGGGUGAGAAUAAACUUCCCUACGUUUCCACCCU